AUGGGACCGGCCAACAAAUCUCAAACCCUUUCCCACACUUUCUUGCUGCUGGGCAUCCCCGGACUGGAGCACCUGCACGUCUGGAUCGGGAUUCCCUUCUGUUCCAUGUAUGUGGUGGCCGUGGUGGGGAAUGUGACUAUCCUGGCCGUCGUGAGAGCAGAGCGCAGCCUCCACGAGCCGAUGUUCCUCUUCUUGUGCAUGUUGUCUGUCACCGACCUGGUGCUCUCCACGUCCACACUGCCCCGCAUGCUCUGUCUCUUCUGGUUUGGAGCCCAGGACAUCGUGUUUGACGCCUGCCUCGCCCAGAUGUUCUUCAUCCACAGCUUCACUGCCAUGGAAUCGGGCUUCUUCUUGGCCAUGGCCGUUGAUCGGUACGUGGCCAUCUGUCAUCCCCUGCGCCACACGACCAUUCUCACUCAUGCUCGCAUUGCUCAAAUGGGAGCUUCGGUGGUGCUCCGGGGAGUGGCCUUCUUCUCCCCGCAUCCCAUCUUGCUCAAGAGGCUGCCCUACUGCAGAACCCGUAUCAUCGCCCACACCUACUGUGAGUUCAUGGCCGUGAUAAAGCUGGCGUGCGUGGACACAGGGGCCACCAAGCGCUACAGUCUCAGUGUGGCCUCCGUCAUUGGUUCCUGCGAUGGAUUUUUCAUUGCUAUCUCGUAUGUCCUAAUCCUCCGUGCAGUCUUUCGUCUCCCAUCGAGGGAAGCCAGCCUGAAAGCUCUGGGCACAUGUGGCUCCCAUGUCUGUGUCAUUCUUGUUUUCUACUCCACCGCUGUCUUUACCUUUCUAACUCAUCGAUUUGGCCACAAUGUCGCCCCCCAGAUCCAUAUAUUCAUUGCCAAUAUGUACCUCCUGGUACCACCAUUUCUUAAUCCCAUUGUUUAUGGAAUUAGGACCAAGAAAAUUCGAGAACGUGUCCUUAGCUCGUUGAGGAUGAAGGCUGUAUGA